CGGCGGCGGCGGCGGCGGCGGCGGCGGGGAGCGAGCGCGCGGAGCCAGGGAGCAAGCGCGGCCGUCCCGAGCCGGAGGCCCCGCCGAGCCCGAGCGCCGCGGGCAUGGCGUGCGCGGGGGCGCGGGGCGCCUGAGCCCCCCCCACCCCUCGGGGGGACGCGGUGAGCGCCGUGGGCUAUGGGAUGGAUGAGGUGGAGCAGGACCAGCAUGAGGCCCGACUCAAGGAGCUGUUUGACAGUUUUGACACCCUGGGAACUGGGUCUCUGGGUCAAGAGGAGCUCGCCGACCUCUGCCAUGUCCUGAGCUUGGAGGAAGUGGCCCCGGUGCUACAGCAGACAUUACUUCAGGACAACCUCUUGGGCAGGGUACAUUUUGACCAAUUUAAAGAAGCGUUGAUACUUAUCUUGUCCAGAACUCUAUCCAGUGAGGAGCACUUUCAAGAGUCAGACUGUUCACUAGAAGCUCAGCCCAAAUAUGUCAGAGGCGGGAAGCGCUACGGACGAAGAUCCCUACCUGAGUUCCAAGAGUCUGUGGAAGAGUUCGCAGAGGUGACAGUGCUUGAGCCGCUAGAUGGGGAGGCGAGGCCGUCGCACAUCCCAGCCGGUGACGGAAGUGAGCGCUGGGAGACCCAACGCAGUGAGGAGUAUGAAGCGGAAGGCCAGCUAAGGUUUUGGAACCCAGAUGACCUGAAUGCAUCGCACAGUGGGUCUUGUCCUCCUCAAGACUGGAUAGAAGAGAAACUGCAAGAGGUCUGUGAAGACCUGGGGAUCACUCGGGAUGGUCACCUGAACCGGAAGAAGCUGGUUUCCAUCUGCCAACAGUACGGACUGCAGAACGUGGACGGCGCGAUGCUAGAAGAGGUCUUUCUCAGUCUUGACCCUGACGGUACGAUGAGCGUCGAAGACUUUUUCUAUGGUCUUUUUAAGACUGGAAAAUCCCUCACGCCAUCGGCGUCUACUCCCUACAGGCAGCUAAAGCGGCAUCUCUCUAUGCAGUCUUUUGAUGAGAGUGGACGGCGGACCACAACCUCGUCAGCAAUGACAAGCACCAUUGGCUUCCGGGUCUUCUCCUGCUUGGAUGAUGGGAUGGGCCACGCGUCCGUGGAGAGGAUACUGGACACCUGGCAGGAAGAAGGCAUUGAGAACAGCCAGGAGAUCCUGAAGGCCUUGGAUUUCAGCCUGGAUGGAAAUGUCAACCUCACAGAGCUGACGCUGGCUCUUGAAAAUGAACUUUUGGUUACCAAGAAUGGCAUCCACCAGGCAGCUCUGGCUAGCUUCAAGGCUGAGAUCCGGCAUUUGUUGGAACGGGUUGACCAAGUGGUCAGAGAAAAGGAGAAGCUGCGGCUGGACCUGGACAAAGCGGAAAAGCUGAAGUCUCUGAUGGCUUCAGAGGUGGACGAUCACCAUGCGGCCAUCGAGCGAAGGAAUGAGUACAACCUCAGGAAACUGGAUGAAGAAUACAAGGAGCGCAUAGCGGCCUUAAAGAGCGAACUCCGCCAAGAGAGGGAACAGAUCCUGCAGCAGGCGGGCAAGCAGCGGGUAGAGCUGGAGCAGGAAAUCGAGAAGGCCAAAACAGAAGAGAACUACAUCCGGGACCGCCUUGCCCUCUCCCUGAAGGAAAACAAUCGCCUGGAAAAUGAGCUUCUGGAAAAUGCGGAGAAGUUGGCAGAGUAUGAGAACCUGACAAACAAACUUCAGCGCAAUUUGGAAAACGUGUUAGCGGAAAAGUUUGGUGACCUCGAUCCCAGCAGUGCUGAAUUCUUUCUUCAAGAAGAGAGGCUGGUGCAGAUGAGAAAUGAAUAUGAGCAACAGUGCAGGCUGUUACAAGACCAAGUGGAUGAGCUCCAGUCGGAGCUGGAGGAAUACCGGGCACAAGGCAAAGGGUUCCGGCUCCCGUGUAAGGACUCGCUGUCCGAAGAACUCGGUGUUCACAGUGGCAGUAUUGAGCCCAACCAAGGGCUGGAUUCUGAAGAAUGCAAUCCGCUGAAUAUGAGCAUCGAGGCAGAGCUGGUCAUCGGGCAGAUGAAAGAGCAGCACGACCAGGACCUGUGUCACCUGAGACUGGAGCUGGAAGAGAAAGUGCACCAUUACGAAAAGCAGCUGGAUGACAGCCGGGCGGCCCGUGAGAAGGAGCAGGCGGCCAUGAAGCAGCAGUACGAGCGGGAAACGAACACCUUGGAGAGACAGAUAGCUGACCUCCGUGGCGAGAUCGCGGACCUGCAGGGGCAGGUGGCGGUGCUGAAGGAGGCCCAGCGCAGGGCCAGCUGCAGGCACGAGGAGGAGAAGCGGCAGCUGCAGGCGGUGUUCGGCGAGGAGGAGGCUCGGCUGCGGGAGGAGCUGCGGGAGGAGCACGAGCGGCGGCUGCAGCAGGCGGAGGACGGCUUCCGCCGGCGGGCAGAGGCGCUGGCUCGGGAGGCUGCCUCGGCGGAGGAGAGGGCGAGGGACCUGGAGCGGUCACACCAGGAGCAGCUGCUGAGCCUGGCGGAGAAGCACGCCCUGGAGAAAGAGGAGCUGAGGAAUGAGCUCUCGGAUCGGCACCAAAGGGAGCUUCGGGAGGGAAGGGAAAAAAUGGAAACAGAGUGUAAUAGAAGAGCCUCUCAGCUAGAAGCCCAGUUUCAGGCUGACUGUGAGAAAGUCACUGAGCGCUGUGAACAUGCCCUGCACAGCCUGGAGGAGCGCUGCCGCCGGGAGCUGAAGGACCUCCUGGAUCAGCACAUGGAGGAGAAGUCUCAGUGGGAGUUUGAGAAGGAUGAGCUCACUCAGGAGUGCACGGAAGCUCAGGAGCAGCUGAAGGAGCUGCUUCAGAGGGAGAAGGCCACCGCUCUGGCCCUGAGCCAGGAGCUGGAGACGGUGGAGCAGACGUACAAGGAACACCUGAACGGCCUGAGCCUGGAGAGAGAGCGGCUGCUGGGAGAUCUGGAGGACUUGAGGAACGCGUCGGAAGAGCAGCACAGCCUCCUGUCCGAGCAGAUCUGCGAGCUGAAGAGAGGUCAAGAGAGAGAGCGGAGGGAGCGAGAGCAGGGGCUGGGCCAGGCCGGGGCCUCCGAGAGGCUGGCCAGCCGGCAGCUCGAGAGGCUGCAGGCUGAGCAAGAGCAGGAGAGGCGAGAGAUGCUAGGCAGGCUGGCGGCCCUGGAGCGAGAGAAGGCGGAGAUGAGCGCGGAGAUGCGCAGGCUACAGGAUGCGCUGGGGGACGCGCGGCGGCAGCAGCAGCAGCAGGCCUCUCUGCUGGCGCUUCAGGGUGGCUGCCUGGAGGAGGAGGCAGAAGGCAGCGGAGCCCUGAGCCUGCUGCGGCAGGGGGAGCGGCUGCUGGAGGAGAACGGAGACGUCCUGGCCAGCCUGCAGAGAGCCCACGAGCGGGCAGUGAAGGAGAACGCCAAGAUGGCCAUGGAGAUCUCGAGACUGCAGCAGAGGCUGAGGAGGUUAGAGCCGGGCUCGGGGGCGUCCUCCUGCACAGAGGAGCGGAUGAGUGAGGUCUCCUGGAGCUCCCGGGGGCAGGCGGAGCCGUUUCUGUCACAGAUGGGGCGAGGAGAAAAUGCAGCCACUAAGUACAUCCUAAGCGACCCGGGAGACCGCGAGGCCCCGGGCCUGGGAAGCCCAGGAACAAGCUCUGCGCGGAGGCAGGAGUCGGAGGCCUCUCUCGAGUGCUUCUCCGAGCCUGACAGCAGCGAGGACACCAGGACAGAGGACACCACGACAGGAUCCUGGGACCCGAAGAGCCAGGUCCUGCAGCAUCAGGGGCAGCUCCCAGCCUCACGCGCGGACUGCGGCCGGCUUUCCGAGAGGAAGCGGGACCUGCUCUUUGAGACCUCCGUGCUCAAGAGGAGACUGAAGACGCUGGGCCAAGCCCCCGGGGCGGCUCCCUGGGACAGGGCGUCCUGCGAGGACGCCCGCCUGCGGGCUGAGCUGAGGCUCGCCGAGCCCCGCUACGGCCGGUCGCUGGAUGGCAGCCAGGAGCUCACCUCCGAGGUCCUGAGGCUGCGGGGCGAGGUGAGGAAGAUGGAGGAGGUGAUGGAGACCUUCCUCGGCCCGGAGAGGAGUCACGAUGAGGUGCAAAGGGAGAAUGAGGAGCUUGGGGCCCUGGUGUCGAGGCUCCAGGGGAGGACGAAGAUGAUGCUGGAGGACGCCCCGCUGCUGGGCCACAGCCUGGAGGUCAUCUCCGACGAGGAGGUGCUCGAGCUCCUUCGGGCUCCGGGAGAGGCCCUGUCCACCGUCCACCUAGAAGGAUGCAGGCAGGGAGCCCAGGGCCGGGAACAGGGUGGCGCUCAGCGGCUCGCUGCCACCGGAGCGCGCGGAACGGCCUGGUUCCGGGCACCACCGGAAGAGCCCGGCGCCGAGAGUCAGGUCCUUCCGGAGGAGAGCGCCGCCCUCCGGGGCCUGAGGGACACGCGCCUGCAACACCAGGCCGCCAUCGCCGAGCUGGAACUGGAGAAGCAGAAGCUGCAGGAGCUCACCAGGAAGCUGAGGGAGCGAGUGGCCGCGCUCGUGAAGCAGAGGGACGCGCCUCCCCAGGGAGAGAGGGAGGAGGAGCUGAAGGCCAUGAUGCAGGACCUGCAGACCACGUGCGGCGAGAUGCAGCGCAAGGUCGAGCUCCUGAGAUAUGAAUCUGAAAAGCUUCAAGAGGAAAAUUCUAUUUUAAGAAAUGAAAUUACCACUUUAAAUGAAGAAGAUACCAUCUCGAGCCUGAAAUUAGAGGAAUUAAGUGGAUCUCAGGAAGAACUAUGGCAGAAAAUAGAAACUGUAGAACAGGAAAAGGCUUCAAUUCAGAGGAUGGUUGAAAAAUUAAAGAAACAGGUUGCAGAUUUAAAAAUCAAAAACCAACAGUUGGAUUCAGAAAAUACAGAACUCAGCCAAAAGAACUCCCAAAACAAGGAAGAACUGCAAAAACUUAAUCAACGUCUGGCAGAAAUGCUAUGCCAGAAGGAGGAGCCGGGAACUUGCAGCUCUGAAAAAUGGGAACAAGAAAAUGCAAGUCUGAAAGAAGAGCUGGAUCGCUGCAAAGUGCAGACUUCCACUUUGGUGUCUUCUCUGGAGGCAGAACUUUCUGAAGUUAAACUACAGACUCACAUUGUGGAACAGGAAAACCUCCUCCUUAAGGAUGAACUGGAGAAACUGGAACAGCUGCACAGAUGUCCUGACAUCUCUGACUUCCAGCAAAAAAUGUCUAGCAUUCUAAGCUACAACGAAAAACUCCUGAAGGAAAAAGAGGUCCUAAGCGAGGAAUUAAACAGCUGUGCAGAUAAGUUGGCAAAAUCCAGUCUUCUAGAGCACAAGAUCGCUACAAUGAAGCAGGAACAGAAGUCCUGGGAACAGCAGAGUGAAAGCCUCAAGUCACAGCUGGUGGCUUCCCAGGAAAAGGUUCAGAAUUUAGAAGAUACCCUGCAGAACGUAAACCUUCAGAUGUCCCAGAUUAAAUCUGAGCUGCAGGUGACUCAGCAGGAAAAGGAGGCUUUAAAGCAGGAAGUGAUGUCUCUACACAGACAACUUCAGAAUGCUGUCGACAAGGACUGGGUCUCGGAAACAGCCACUCAGCUCUCAGGGCUCCGUGGCCAGCAGAAAAGACUAUCCUGGGACAGACUGGACCAUCUGAUGAAUGAGGAGCCGCAGCUGCUUUGUCAAGACAGCAACAGACUCCAGGCUGUGGUGCACAUCACCCAGGCAGACCUCACAACCUCCCGGGAGAAGGUCCGUCACCUGGAAUCCAACCUUCUUCCCACCAAGCACCAAAAACAACUCAACCAAUCAUGUACUGUGACACCCACAGAACAAGAAAAAUUGUCCUUAAAGAGAGAGUGUGAACAGUCUCCGAAAGAACCAUCUCCUGCCAGUAGGAAGGUUGGUCAGAUGAGUUCCCUUGAGCAAGAGUUAGAAGCAAUUCACUUGGAAAAUGAAGGUCUGAAGAAGAAAGAGGUGAGACUGGACGAGACGCUAACGGAGAUGCAGCCCCUGAGGUCCACUGUGACGCUUAGCCCGUCCUCUCACUGGGAUCUGCAGCUGCUCCAGCAGCAAGCCUGUCCGAUGGUGCCCAGGGAGCAGUUUCUGCAGCUUCAACAACAGCUGCUGCGGGCAGAAAGGAGAAGCCAGCGCCUGCAGGAGGAGCUUGACAACCGGACCUCCGGAACCAACACACCUCAGGGAAGCCAGGAACACCUUGUGAAUCUCAUGGAAGAACGAAUGAUUGAAGUUGAACAAAAGCUGAAGCUGGUGAAAAGGCUUCUCCAAGAAAAAGUCAAUCAGCUCCAAGAACAACUCUGCAAGAAUACGAAAGCAGAUGCCAUGGUGAAGGAUUUGUACGUGGAAAACGCCCAGUUGUUGAAAGCUCUGGAAAUGACUGAACAGCGACAGAAAACAGCGGAGAAGAAAAAUUACCUCCUAGAAGAGAAGAUCGCCAGCCUCAGCACCAUCGUCAGGAACCUGGCACCAGCACCGCUGACUUCCACGCCUCCCUUGAGGUCAUAGCCAUACCAAAGGAUGCACUUGCCUUUGUGCACUUUACUGAGGUUCAUGGAACACGUCAGUAGGUUCUCUGAACCCUCUAACUAAAAAAACUGUCAAUGGCAGAACAUCAAGCCCCCCCGAAGUCAGCCGGCAGAGGAACUAGAGUCUCCAAAUGGAUGCUUACAGGAAUCCCACAAAUCACUUAUUUCACUAUUUAAACUACAAAUGAGCAUUGAACCUUUAAAUUACGUUCUGGAUAGCUAGCUACCAGAAAAUAACUUAAGAACCUUAAAAUCCCAGUUUUUAAUGGUUUUUUUAAUUGUGUACACAAUCCAGACACCCUUUAAGUUUGACAUCUAACUAGAGCGGUUAUUUAUUAUUAUAAUCUUUAUUUUUGAAAACAUUUGAGUACUGGAAUCAUUCUGCCUAUCAUAGUUCUUUCUCUUUGAACUAACUGGCUGACUGCAGUUCUGUUCGGAGGAGGCUUGGCCAGUAGCUAGCCACUGAGGUCAGAAAAGCCCCAAGUUCUGCCAGUUCUUGCAACAUAAUAGGAUCAGAACUAACUCAACUGCACUCUCAACUGAGGAUAAAGCUUUACUUUCUUUAAACAGCCUUUCUCCUCCUUUUAAAGCUUUUGUUUGGGACAUCGUCUUCUACAAAAUGGAUGCAGCUGCGUUCUUGAGGUUCUUGAGUCCUAGCGAGCCCACUGAACAGGCUGCUUUGGAGUAAAAAGCCACUCUUAGAAAAAGACUGCAAUGGAGCAUUGGCGGAGGCACUUCCUCUCUCCAAGCCUUGGAGUUCAUGGACCUACCUUUGAGUUUGCAUCAAGAGCUCAGGGAACUACCUGUAAACUGUCUUCCUGAAGUACUUACUGCCCAGCCUCUCUACGAACUGGAGAUGUGGAGACCACAUGACCUUACCUGUCUUCUAUAUUAACAGCCAUAGAAUCUUUGUUUCUAUAUUCUAGUGCACUUAGCUCUCUGCAAAGGCCUUGACUGUAGAGAGCCUCUCUGACUCCAGAAGAGUUUUCUCUGUUUGUUUAGUGCAGGUCAGGGUUCCCAUGCUUCUGACCUUUUGAUACCUCAUAUCUGCACAUAGGAACUUCGCACUGUGGAGGCAUGCCAUAGAGGUGAAGGAGAAAAAGUAGCAAGUUCUGCUUUGCAAGAGGAACGAGAGAAGAGUGAACCGUUGCUUAUGGGCAGGAACACAGGAGAAGUCAAACAGGCUGAGAAGUUACAUAAUAUGAGGAAAUCUCAAGCCAUUUCCACUAGAACUCUGUGGGAUUCUACGGGGCCCGACUGUCCAGUGCUGCCGGCCCUGGACCUCUACAGGGGCUCUGACGUGGCACACUCUCUGUGGUCCAGUAGUUCACACUGGUUCCACACUACUGUUAUUAUCAGAAAGUUCUGAAUUUCCCAUUGGGAAAAGAAUUAAUUCUUCCCCAUAACCAUAUAUCUAAUUGUUUGACAUCUGGUAUUAUGCCUCCUCUAAAUCUUUUUUCUCAGCUACUUGUGUGGCAUUAACUUUAGCAGAAAAAAAAUUUUUUUUCCACUUAAAACUGUGGCUAGAUCUAAGCUAAGAUCAGAGGUAAAAUAAGCCUGUAUGAAGUGCUCAUGUAAGAUGCUUCAAGUCCUCAAGGUUAAUGCCACUAGCCCUGAACAGCAGGCACAUUUCUCCAGCCAUCGGCUUGGCGUGGGGCCAUGUCUGUCAUGCUUUUUAAUUUUUAUUUUUUAUAUUGUGAAAGGUGUAGGUUAGUGUUUCUUAUACAUUUGUAUUUAUGUGUACAUAAAGAAUUGUAUAAUGACUGUAAAUAGGAUUUUUUAAAAAGUUUCAGAGUACAAUUUAGAAUUUUUUCAAAAUCAAAAUGCUACUCUAGUGAAGUGUUCCUGUCUUGUUUUUCCCUACUUUAAUUAAAUAAAGGGGGAUGAUCAAUAUAAGAAAUAUCCUACAGAAGCUGGGCACGGUGGCGCGCACCUGUAAUCCCAGCACUCGGGGAGGCAGAGGCAAGUGGAUGUCUGUGAGUUCAAGGCCAUCCUGGUCUACAAAGUGAGUCCAUGACAGCCAGUGCUACAUAGAGAAAUCCUGUCUUGAAAACAAAAAAUAAACAAAGAAAAGGAAAGAAGGAAAGAAAGAACAGAAACAUUCUACAAAUACCUUAAAUAUAUGCAUUUGUACAACAGUUUAUUUUUGAGAAACCACUUAAAGGGGCCCUGUGGAAUAUAGCUUAAAGCUGUAAAGACAUCAAAUGUAAAAUUCUCAAAUGAUAUAUAGAUUUGACUCUUAGAUUUUUUCAGUGACUCUCUUCAAAAUCACAAGUUAUGUGUUUUAUGGUCAUUCAGCCACUUUGGGUUUUUUUUGUUUUGUUUUUGUUUUUUUUUUUUUUUUUGUCUUGUUUGGUUGGUUGUUUCUCACUAUAGCCUUGGCUAUCCCGAAACUCACUCUAUAAACCAGGCUGUGCUCAAACUCAGAGAUCCACCUGCCUCUGCCCUCGCGCCCCCCCCCCCCCCCCCCGAGUGCUGGGAUCAAAGGUGUGCGCCAACGCCUGGCUGCUACUUUUCUUUUUUUAAAAAGCACUGUUUUUUAGACUUUGAGAAAGUACUGGAGCCCUUGCUGAGAAGACCCCCACCACCCUGUCUGCUGUCUUCUACUCUUUAAAGGCCUUAAAGGGAGAAAGGAUUUGUUUUAUCUGAAGGCCUUUACUCACAAAGUAAAUUUGUGAAUGGAGAGCAGUGAGGAGGUGUCUCAUCUUUCCAGUUGUCUUUUUAAACUUUAAUUCUAGCUGAGCCACUUUAAAUGUGAAUCCCUCCUUGGAGCUUCAGUGUGCUGUUUGUGUAUUUGGCCAUCAGCAUGUUUUAUAUAAACAGAUCAUGCAAGCAUAGACUUUUAAGGUGGAGGAAACGUCUUAUAGCUCUAUUGUUUUGUUAUAAAUGGACAUUUGGAGAAGGUAUUAUUUUGAAAAACCUUUUUUUAAAGAAAUAAUUAAGGCUUCUUGGGAAAAGUUUUUUUUACAUGUUGAAAAAUGAAUUUGUGAUUUCCCUUUUUACUUUGCUGAGCAAAGAAAAGGAGAGCACACUGCUCUGUCUGCCUCUUUCACGGAAAGGCCGAGUGCGCUGGAGCGCGGUGUUAGUCAAGGCCUGGUCUGAGUGGAUCACCCUCGGUUGGGCAGCAUUCCGGAGAGGCAUUAAGCAAAGCCAGAAACCAGGCUGAAGCCUAACAACCAAAGCACUCGCGUAGGAAAGUCAGCCGGUUGGGGUUUGAACAUCUCAGCACUCUGAGGGCUUGGUUUCCAGCAUCUGGACGGCUAUUUGAUAGCAAAUUAAUGUUACUUGUUUUUUUUUUUUUGUUUUUUUGUUUUUGUUUUUUUUAUUUAAUGUUACAAAGUAAGUUUAUUCUCAUUGUAAGAACAGUACCACAGCAUUUAAAGGAAUAUGUUAUGAAACAAAAACUUGAGUUAAUUAGAGCCCAUCUCCAGAAUUGUGUUCAGAUAAAGAUCAAUGUGAAUAUGUUUAUAUCAGAUUUGUAAAUUUCAUCGUAGCCAUUCUAUCCCAGAAAGAUCUUAAUGCGAGCUUCAAAUAUAAAUAAAUAAUUUUGCAAAUA